AUGACACUAUGUAACGACAGAGGGGAAUGUCCCCAAGCUGAUCACAGCACAUGGGCAUCAUUGGGACUGGACCGUCGAAUCCUGAAGGCGUUAAAACGGAAGCAAUAUAACGCCCCAACAGCUGUACAGGCUCAGGCGAUUCCGCUCGUUUUGUCGGGAAAAGACGUCGUGGUUCGAGCACACACUGGGAGCGGAAAGACGGCGGCGUACCUCUUGCCCGUCGCACACAUAGUUAUGCAGAAUCACGCACACGGUGCCCUGCCGAACCCUAGAGCGAUCGUCCUCGUCCCUACUCGAGAGCUGGCCAAUCAGGUGACGAAAGAAGCAAGUUCAAUUCUAUGCCAGUGUGCCCCAACACUACGCGCAGGAGAGCUCCCAGCAUCUGGAUGUGCUCCUGAAAUUUUGCGGGAAUUUGCCGGCGCACCUCCGGAAAUACUUGUCGGCACCCCUGCUCGUGUGGUCGAGUGUAUUCGCUGUGGUUUUUUCCCUCCGGAUGCUUUAAACUCUGGCUUGGACCUUCUAGUCCUCGACGAAGCUGAUAUGCUUCUUUCUUUUGGCUAUAACCACGAUAUCAAGUGCAUUGCAGCUGAAGUGCAGCGGGGAUGUCAAAGCAUACUUCUAUCUGCGACGACAAAUGAAGAGCUCACAGGAAUGCAAUCACUUGUUCUACACAAUCCAGUUCAACUUGAUCUAGGAAGUCUGAACAGAAACCGAUGCGGCCAAACAGAAACAAAUGCGGUUCAGCCUGUUCAGUCGCCUCGAAUCUCUCACUACAUCAUCAAAUUACAUACUGAUGACAAGCUGCUGUAUUGUAUGGCGCUUUUCCGUCUUGGACUAUGUGAAAAGAAGACAUUAGUUUUCGUUUCGCAUUCGGAUGCUGCCAUCAGGCUUAGAUUGUUCUUGGCGAAGUUCAGCAUUUCUUGUUGUGCACUACACCACGAACUUCCUUACAACUCAAGAGCCCAUAUUCUUCAAGAGUACAACCGAGGCGUCUAUGAUUGCAUGAUUGCGGUCGCCGAUGACAUCUCGGCGCGAACCAAAAAAGAAUCCGAGGCACGUGAUCUUAUGCUCGAUGGGAAGCACUUGAAUGCGAGUGAAGAAGUCAAAAGGUUUGGCAGACAGAAGGAUGCGCACAAAGAUUUUGGGGUGGUUCGUGGAAUUGACUUCAAACAGGUGCGAACUGUGAUUAAUUUCGAUGUUCCAUCCGAUGCAUCUGCGUACGUGCAUCAAAUUGGGCGCACGGGACGCGGAGGAGAACAUGGAAGUGCGAUCACGUUUGUUUCACUAUCAGAAGUGAGAAAAAUUGAAGCCAUACAACAAGAUUUGAAAGAAUAUGGUGAAAACGGCAGUUCCCUUGUUUUCAAGCCGUUCGGCAAACUCGCUAUUGAAGAUGUGGAAGCAUUACGGUAUCGAGCAGAGGAUGUAUCCCGGACAGUAGGACGAGCUUCCGUUCGCGAUGCUCGCGUAAGAGAAAUUCGCACAGAACUGCUCAACUCUGAUCGGCUUGCUGCUCACUUCGAUGAAAAUCCCGACGAGCUCAUUUUAUUGAAACAUGACUUUCGCCUUGCAAAGCAACGGGCCCUGCCUCAUCUAAAUCAUCUGCCCAACUAUCUUCGUGGGGGAAAGCCGGUCAAGCGACUUGAGGAAAACUAUACUGGUGCAGGAAAUACAUCUGCCCUAAUUGAAGGCAAAAAAAAAAAAAUGGUGCCCAAAGUUACCCGAGCUCGGAAAAGGUACAAAACUGACAGUGCAAACAAGAAGCUAAAGCUGAAGGAUGUUUUCGCAAGUGCCAAGGGCAAAUCUAGAACAGAUGGUUGA